CAGUUCCCUUUUCUCUUUUCUGUUUUCUGUUGACAACAGAAUUAUGUCGUGCAAAAUGCUCUACCAAAACUAGGAGAUUUAUGAUCAGUCGCUAGCCGUCACCACUUUGUUAUCACGCAUCUUAAUCACGAAAUCAGUGCGCUUUGAGCAAAACUCAAAAUUGAAUCACUCUGAAUUAUAUUACCCUGUAAAUAAGUGAGUGAAAAUGACCGACAAAUUCAAAGUUGGCGAUCUAGUGUUUGCCAAAGUGCGGGGCUAUCCGGCAUGGCCUGCAAGGGUGAAAAAUGUGUUUUCUGAUUCUGCUAAUGCCAAGAACACAAAGAUCGAAGUCUUCUUCUACGGCACCUAUGAAACGGCUAUUUGUCGCGUUGAAGAGGUCUGUGAUUAUGAGACCAACAAAGAGAAACUCGGAAAGGUUCAAAAGAGGAAGUUCUUCAAGGAAGCGCUUGAAGAGAUUGAAAGCAACCCUAGCACAGAUGGUCCUCAAAGGCUUCUGGAAACAUCCAGUGACUUUCAAAGAGAUGAUGAUGAUGACGAUAUGCAUGCACUGACUAUUGCAUUGCCAAAAUCUGCCGAAGCAAAGCCUGCGAAGAAGCAGUCCCUUCUGAAAAAGAGAGAUUCUGUUGAAACUAGAGAAGACGAUCAUCCUGCCAAAAAGAAAGCCAAGAAGAGUGAGACUCCUGAAACGGCUGGUGCUUUAAAAGUGUCACCCUCGUUGCAAGGUGGUGAACCCGAGAGGGUCAGUCGCAGCGGGAGGAAGAUCAAACCUAAAAGAUUUUUGGACGAAGAUGAUGGACAUGAAGAAGAAAAGUCUGAGAGGAAGAGUAUCUCGGAGGAACUCCCUCGAAAAGUUGUAAAGGCGCCGUCUGAGGAGGCAAAGCGAAUUGCUACAGUUGCUCCGAUUGAGCCAGAAAGAGUCGCUAAGCGAGCUGUACGACUUUCCAGUGCAGAAGCUAAGAAGCCUGCUGAAAAGAGCCCAGCUCCACUGAAAAGCUUGUCGAAAGGAGUAGGUCGAGCUAAGGAUUCUGAUGACUUCAUUCCUCCAACUGCUACGGUGUCUCCAAUUGUAGCACCCACUCCUCCUUCUAAGAAGAUCCCACAGGAGAACAAGAAAGUCAAAGUGUCCGUCACACAGCAGCAGGCUCAAAAACUUCUGGAGAGUGAUAAUACUCCAGAAAAGGUGAAAGAUGUGCUUAACAAGGAAAUCCUAGCAAAACACAAGGAGAAGGAAGAAAACUUGAAGUUUAAGAAAGCAGAGAGAAGGAAAUUCAAGCUAAUCCAUCUUAAGGUUGAGGUCAGGCUGCUACAAAUUGACACGAUCAUCAAGGCAAAUCUGAACCUUGAUAAAGCAGAAACUAAACCUGUUCUGCAAGUGCUUGAUGAGCUAAAAAGCCUGAAGGUGUCACCCAUUAUGCUGAAAAAGCACCCAGACAUUGUCUUUACAAUUAAAAAGCUUCGUAAAUAUGUGGGGAAUUCUAAACAAUGGACACAGACGGAGGAUCAGAAGGAAGAGUUCUCAAAAAAAGCUGGAGAAAUUAGGCAGAAGGCUUCACAAAUAUUUGAACAUUUCAAGAUAGUUCUUUUGGGGUCCAAGGAUGCCACAGAUGUGAGUGCAAAAUUUCUCAAACAGAUCAGUGAGCUAAAAGAGAAGACGAAACACCUUACGCCUACCAGAUUUGCUGCAUUGCUCACAGAUCCCUGCUCUCCAUCUUCCAACUCACAAAAGGAUAGAGAUAAUGUUGGUAAAGAGGAUGUCAAGAAAGGUGACGACGGAAGUGACUGCAAGAAGGAGGAAAGCUCUUCUAAAAGUGAAAAAACUGAAGAGAAAGAGAAAAGCAAUAAUGGUGAUCAGGAGAGUGAAAGUCGAGAUGAGGACAUGUCUGCUGAAGACGUGGACCAGGAAGAAAAAGAGAUACAAAAAGAGUAGGUUGAAAAAUCCUCAAGGUUCUGAAUUUGUGGAUGAAUUAUAAUAUCAGCAAGGUAGCAAAAUUUAAUUGCAUUAACUGUCCUUCAAUGCAAAAAGAUUAAUAUUCAAUGUAAUAUUUUGCAAAAUAAAUUAUUAUUGUAGAAGUACAUUAUAAAUCUUGAGUUUAGGUCAAUUUUAACUGAAAAUUGUGAACCUCGUUGGCAAGGUUCGCGCAUUAGAAAAUUUCGAUUGUUGCCGAGCGCUCUGAUUGGGUGCAAUUUUACUUGCACCCAAUCAGAGGGCUCAAACAACAAUCGAAAAAAUUUUCAAUUGUUCUGAUGCGCGAACCUUGCUCGUUGGAAAAAAAUUAUGCAUAUUGUGUUAUUUUGUAGAUUAAAGAUAUGGCAAAACAUAAUA